UAAACAAAAACAAUUGAAUUGAAAAUAAUAUAACUUGAAUUGAAACAAUCAGAAAAAGACAAACUAAUCUUUGAAUGUGGCUGUUCAGUUUUUAAAAUAAUAACAUACGUUGCUGUGACGUGUAGAAAAGUGUUACUAAAAGUACCGGUAAGUUACGUAUUGAGGGCGGAUAAGGGCUGAGACAUACUAAACUAUUCUUGCAUAAUCCUAGAGUGGACGCUGGUCUUAGAAUUCGGUGCACGACCAAGUCAGUGUUGUAUUUGUAUCAUUAUCAUGGCUACACUCAAACUCAUAUCUUCAAGGCUAAAAUCUGUAAGUAAUAUUCAAAAGAUAACAAAAUCUAUGAAAAUGGUAUCAGCAGCUAAAUUUGCUCGUGCUGAAAGAGAACUUGAAGGUGCCAGACCUCAUGGGAAAGGAACACAGAUUUUCUUUGAAAGAGCUCAAGUUUCUAAAUCAAAAGAACAGACUUCUACUGCAGCAGAAAAACUUGUAAUUGCUAUUAGUUCUGACAGGGGACUAUGUGGUGCUGUUCAUACCCAAAUCUCUAAGGCAAUUAAAAACGAGCUAGGAACCAGUCCAGGGAAAACUAAAAUAGUUUGCAUUGGGGACAAAAUGAGAGCGUUAAUGCAGUUUGCCUAUAAACAGAAUGUCAUAUUAUCAGCAAAUGAUAUUGGACGUCUUCCACCAAACUUUUUGGAUGCUUCAAAAACAGCAAUGGCUAUACUUGAUCUAAAGCUCUCUUUUGAAGAAGGUAAAAUAUAUUUCAAUAAAUUUCACAAUAUAGCAUCUUACAAAGUUUCUCACAUCCCAUUGUAUACUGAAGCUGAAAUUUUCAGUGCACCAAAUGCAGUGGCAUACGAUUCGUUGGAAUCCGAUGUUCUUGAUAGCUUCCUCGAGUUUUCCUUUGUAUCACUUCUGUAUUACUCACUGAAAGAAAAUUCUUGCAGCGAACAAGCUUCUCGCAUGACUGCAAUGGACAAUGCUACUAAGAAUGCAGGAGAUAUGAUUUCCAAGCUAAGACUGACGUACAAUCGAACUCGGCAAUCUGUUAUCACCAAAGAGCUGAUUGAAAUAAUUUCUGGUGCAUCAGCUUUGAAAUAGACCUUCAACUGACAGUUAUGUAGCCAUUCUUAGAUGUUUUAACAAUGUUUUAUGUGUCUUAUAUUUUUAGAUGUAUUUUCAAAGAACUGUAGGCCUACCAUUUAAAUAGAUUGAAGACUACAAAUCAUUAAAAUAAGAGAAGUUGCCCUUAAUGGGCGAAAGUUUAAAUAUGCCAGAGCUUGGGCUUCUUAACUUAGUUAGAAGUUAGGCCCCAUGUUGUUUAUUUUAUGUUUCAAAUUAGUUUUUUUUAUAUUUUCAAUUUAAUUAGUUGCCAUUACUUAGCCCUUUAGCUGGCUUAUAUACCUAACUUGAGAUGAAACUAAGCUCUUGUUGGUAGUUUCAGCUAAGCUAGGCAACUCUGAAUGUUUGAACUAGUUGUUAUUAGUGUGUUUUACAUAUUAAUAAAG